CUUUAACAUAUUGACAGCCAGCAUCACGAUGUACAGGGCCGUCAGUGUUUACUGGAUCUCUGUUCUCCUGGUGCCCAGUGUGGCUCAGCAGAUGUCAGCUCGUGUAGUUGGUGGCACAGCAGACGCAGGACGUCUAGAGAUAUUGUACGAUGGAACUUGGAGCACAGUGUGUGACAUUGGAUUUGGACAGAGAGAGGCCUUGGUAGCCUGCAGGAUGCUGGGAUUUAACAGCACAACAGCAGUAGCCGUGUGGUCAGCCAAGUACGGAGCAGGCUCUGGUCCUAUUCUGUUCGAUGACCUGCAGUGUGUGGGGAACGAAACCAGCCUGGCGCUGUGUAAAUACACGGGGCUCUACAGAGACAACUGUUUCUACGAUGUCGGCGUCAUGUGCAACAUCACUCAGCAGAUGUCAGCUCGUAUAGUUGGUGGCACAGCAGACGCAGGACGUCUAGAGAUAUUGUACGAUGGAACUUGGAACACAGUGUGUGGCAAGCGAUUUGGACAGAGAGAGGCCUUGGUAGCCUGCAGGAUGCUGGGAUUUAACAGCACAACAGCAGCAGCCGUGGGGUCAGCCAAGUACGGAGCAGGCUCUGGUCCUAGUCUGUUUGAUGACCUGCAGUGUGUGGGGAACGAAACCAGCCUGGCGCAGUGUCAACACUCGGUGCUCUACAUAGACUACUGUACACACUGGCAGGAUGUCGGCGUCAUGUGCAACAUCACAACACCUAUGACAGCCCGGUUAUACGACGGGACGUCCAAGGCAGGACGUCUGGAAAUAUCGGUCAACGGAGAAUGGACGACAGUGUGUCAGAAUGGAUUUGAACAGAGCGAAGUAGAAGUCGCUGUAAGGAUGCUGGGACUCAACAGCACUGGGCAAGCACCUGUGAAGUAUCUUCUAUUAAAAGAGGGCUCACGAUUUCAAUUUGGGUAUAUGGAGUGUCAAGGAAUGGAAACAAAUCUUCAGCAAUGCAAUCUAGGACAACUUAACAAAAGCAGCUGCCUGGAUGUCGGUAUAAUUUCUGAGUUCAAAAGCUUGAGUCUGCGACUGACAGGACCUCGCCGUACAAACAGUAACGUGGGGCGUGUAGAAGUGAAGAUUGGAAGUAAACAAUUUAGUACAGUGUGUGUAAACAACGAGAAAACUGCCCUAGUCAUCUGCAGACAACUCAAAUUAGAAACUGCUGCACUGAUAGACGGUUUGUUGUUCGGACCAGACAAGAGCCCUUUACUUCAAGCUACUUUUGUUUGUGAGGGAACAGAGAGCAGCCUGAAUGAAUGUGGGCGAAAUAACACUGCAAAGGACUGUUAUUCCAAUGAUGUUGGCGUCUAUUGCAGCAAAUCUCCACUUUUAAUAGUUUCUCGGGACGAACGGUACCCGUUUAUAGAAGGAGCAAACAAAGCUUUAUGGUGCGUGGCUCUACGAAAGUAUGAACGGGAACCUGAGUACACAUGGGAAGACACAGCUGACGGUCGUCCUAAUCGCGAGUUUCUGAUCUUUGACAAUCUGACUAAAGAGCACAAUGGACGUCGAGUGAGCUGUCGUGUACAGGGUUCUAGCCCUAGACGUACCAUGUCUAGUAUUUUUCAUAUGCUAGAGGUUUACUAUAAGCCGUUGAUUACAAUAACAUGGACUAACAACACCGGGGAAAAACAGCCCUUGUCAAGUCUUUCUGAGUUAAACCCUGGACACAACGUGACCCUGUGGUGUAAAGCUGACAGCAACCCUCCCCCCGCGUCCAUCACGUGGUCAGGAAGAGUGAACAGCACGACUGGAGAGUUACGGAUCCUAGCGGCAGACCACGUGACACACAGCGGUGUGUACACCUGUACCGUCGUCACUGAAACCGUUGAUGAUGACGACAGACUUCCGUUGACUUCAUCUUACGAGCUCAACCUCAGAGUUGAAGGUUGACAUUUACUUUUG